ACCUCAGCAGAAUGGUGUAUGUGAGAGGAGGAAUCGCACAAUCAUGAAUAUGGUGCGAAGUCUGAUGUCAAAGAGCGGCUUGCCUAAGGAGUUUUGGCCAGAAGCUAUUAAUUGGAGUGUUCAUAUCUUGAACAGAAGUCCCACAUCUCCACUUCCAGAUUUGACGCUAGAAGAGGCUUGGAGUGGACGUAGACCUACUGUUGAUUACUUCAGAAUUUUUGGGUCCAUAGCAUAUGCACAUGUGCCAGAUCAGAAAAGGAGUAAGCUUGAUGAUAAAAGGGAAAAGUGUAUUUUCCUUGGUGUUAGUGAUCAGUCCAAAGCUUACAGAUUAUACAAUCCUUUAACCAAGAAGGUCAUCAUUAGUCGUGAUAACUCAGAAGGUCAAACUUCAACAGAUCUUGAGGUUUCAAGACAGACAACUGAAGAAAGUCUGCCUAUAGAAAUAGAGCUCAAUAUUGGAGGAAGUCUACCAACAACACCAGAACUGGAAUUUGGAACUAGUUCCAGACCUCAACACAAAAAGAGAAGACCAACAUGGUUGGAAGAUUAUGAGGUAACAGAUCUACCUCAAGAUGAUGUUCCAGUUAAUCAUUUUGCUCUAUUUGUAGAUUGUGAUUCAUUGACAUAUGAAGAAGCUGUUAAAGAAGAAAAGUGGCAAAAAGCCAUGGCAGAAGAAAUUGGUUCUAUUGAAAGGAACCAGACUUGGGAGUUGACAGAUCUUCCAGAAGGGCACAAAACAAUUGGUGUUAAAUGGAUCUACAAGACAAAGCUCAAAGAGAAUGGGGCGGUUGACAAAUUCAAAGCUCGCUUGGUGGCAAAAGGUUACAAGCAAGAGUUUGGCAUUGAUUAUCAAGAAGUUUUUGCUCCAGUUGCAAGGAUGGAUACCAUUAGAUUGGUGAUUGCAUUGGCAGCACAGAACUCAUGGCCGAUCUACCAGCUUGAUGUGAAAUUUGCCUUCUUGCAUGGAAUAUGCAAGAACAGAUUUCAAAUGAAGAAUUGCAAUUCUGUCACUACACCAAUUGACAAAGGUGUAAAGCUCAUGAAAGAUCCAAGAGGCAAAUCUGUGGACAGCAAACUGUAUAAGCAGAUUGUUGGAAGUCUGAUGUAUCUGAUAGCAACAAGACCAGAUAUAAUGCAUGGUAUUUUGGACUAUUCUACAAGAAGGGUGACUAGACAGAUCUCGCAGGCUUUACAAACAGUGAUUAUGCUGGAGAUCUGGAUGACAGAAAAAGCACUUCUGGUUCAGCCAUCAAACUUUCUAGAAAUCCAGUUCUACAUGGGAGAAGCAAGCAUAUACAUGGACUUUAAUGAGGGACUUGGUUCUUGUGGCUUUAACAGCUACUGUACAAUUGAUAGUAAUGCACGGCCGAAUUGUGAAUGCCUCCCCGGCUUCAUUUUCUCCGACCCCAACAACAAGUUCAAUGGGUGCAUUCAGGACAGGAUACAGGAAUGCAAUAUGGGCCCUUCAAAAGUAGAGGAUUUGUAUGAUAUGCAUGAGUUACCAAACACUUUCUGGCCAACGUCUGUAAACUUUGAGUGGACUCCAUCAAAUGAAGAUGAAUGUAGGCAAUCUUGUCUCUAUGAUUGCCAAUGCGUGGUUGCUGUACUUCGAGAAGGAGGUUGUUCGAAGAAGAAGAAGCUACCACUAACAAAUGGAAUGGUGACCAAGAGAAUCAAUGGCAAAGCAUUCGUAAAGGUAGCAAGAUCUAUUAAUGCUUCUAGUUUUCCGAGUCCUGAAGGUCCUGGACCACAGAAGAAAGAUCAAUCAAGUGUGAUUCGGGUGGGAUCAUUUCUUUUAGGAGGCUCAGCAUUUAUCAAUUUCCUGCACAUAACUGCAGGCUCCAUAUUGGCUAUCUGGUCCUGCAACAAGAGGCAGAAACCAGAUCAAAUUUCAAGCACCUUGGAAAGUAAUCCACGACCUUUUACUUACCAAGAUCUUGCGGAAGCCACAGAUGGGUUCAAGGAAGAACUUGGAAGAGGUGCUUUUGGAACUGUGUAUAAAGGGGUUUUACGAUUUGCACAUUCAACAAUAAUCCCCAUUGCUGUGAAAAAAUUAGACAAGUUAAUGCAAGAAGUUGAGAAGGAAUUCAAAACAGAGGUAAAUGCAAUUGCUAAAACCCAUCACAAGAAUUUGGUCAGUUUGAUUGGAUUCUGUGAGGAAGGGCUGCACAAGCUUUUAGUCUAUGAGUUCAUGAGCAAUGGAACACUAGCUAGUCUCUUGUAUGGAGAUUGUAGACCUGAAUGGAAGAGUCGUACUCAAUGGGCAUUUGAGAUUGCAAGAGGACUAGUGUAUUUGCAUGAGGAGUGCAGCAUACCCAUUAUCCACUGCGAUAUUAAGCCUCAAAACAUACUCUUAGAUGACUCAUUCACUGCAAGAAUCUCAGACUUUGGAUUGGCAAAGCUUCUGAUGAGUGACCAAACUCGCACCACAACAGCAAUCAGGGGCACAAAGGGAUAUGUUGCUCCGGAAUGGUUCCGGAACACGCCAAUUACAACAAAGAUUGAUGUUUAUAGUUAUGGGGUGAUGCUAUUGGAGAUCAUCUGUUGCAGGAAAAACUAUGAAGUAGAACGAGAAAAUGAGGAUGAAGUGAUACUAACAGAUUGGGUCUAUGACUGCUAUAAAAAGAAAAGAUUGGAUAGAGUAGUGGAGAAUGAUGAGGAGGCGAUAAAUGACAUGACAAAGGUGGAAAGGCUAGUGAUGGUGGCAAUUUGGUGCAUACAAGAAGAUCCCUCUUUACGACCCUCCAUGAGAAAGGUAACUAAGAUGCUUGAAGGAGUUGUCCAAGUUCCUAUGCCCCCAUGUCCUACCCCUUUUACUUCUUCAUGCUAAAACUGUAUGCCUUUUGCCAUUCAUUCUCAAUAUCCUUCAAAACCUUAAUUUUAAGGGAUAUGUUGCUCCCACGUCCACCUGCAUGCAUAUUAAUAUGUCAUCUUGUGCUUCUAAAAGAAUGAAAGAAGUAUGAACUAUAUCUUCGUUUGUGCAUAAAUUUGUUAAUUUAAG